AUGGCUCCCACUCCAGAUCUCAACGUUCCCCCCUCUCCCUCCACCGUCUCGGUGUCCAUCAUCAACUCAACCGGCACCCUCCACGGCGUGCCCGCCAAAUCCUUCUUCUCCCCUCCCCAGCAUGGAUACGACUGGAUGGCAGCCCCCAUGUUCGCCUUCCUCAUCCAGCACCCUACCACCGGCCGCUCUCUCCUCUUCGACCUCGGCAUGCGCAAAGACAUCGAGAAUAUGCCUCCCAAGUUGCUUCACCACUUUGACGAACUCGGGUGGACUUUGUCAGCGGAGAAGAACGUUGCCGAUAUUUUGAAGGAAAACAACUUUGAUGUGUCGAAAGUGGAAGCGGUGGUGUGGUCUCAUUACCAUUUCGAUCACAUUGGCGAUAUCACCACCAUCGGGCCGCAGGCGGCCUUGAUUGUCGGACCGGGGUUCAAGAAGGGGUUGAUGCCAGGGUACCCAGCCAACCCGGAUUCUCCGAUUCUAGAAUCGGAUUACAAGGAUCGGGAGUUGAUCGAAGUGGACUUCACCUCGGCCGCGCAAGACGGCAAAGACUGGAAACGCCUGCAAAUCGGCCGUUUCCCAGCAGUGGACUACUUCGGCGACGGCUCUUUCUACCUCCUCGACGCCCCCGGCCACGCCAUCGGACACAUGUGCGGUCUCGCACGGGUGACCUCCCAGCAAACAGACGGAUACGACAGCUUCAUCUGCCUAGGCGGCGACGCCGUUCACCACGUCGGCGAGAUCCGACCCUCAAAAUUCAAGCCUUUGCCCGAGGAAAUCUCUCCCAACCCGUUCCUCCCUGUCUCGGCCGGUUGCGACAGCAAAUGCCCCGGCGCGGCGCUCCAGAAGCUGCUUCCUAACCCCGAGCUACCGACCAAGAGCUUUUACGAAGCCGCGAGGGGAGAGCCCUGGCAUCAUGAUGUGGAGCAGACGAUCGAUACGGCGGGCAAGUUGCAGGAACCUGACGCGCUGGAUAAUGUGUUUGUGGCGAUUGCGCAUGACGAGUCGUUGUUGGACGUGGUGGAUUUCUACCCGAAGACGAUGAAUGAGUUUGUGAAGAAGGGGUGGGUACAGAAGGGCCAUUGGAGGUUCCUUCGGGACUUUAGGGAUAGUUUGACGAGCAAGGAAGAGAGGGGGGGUGUUGAGACGGUGGAGUGGCCGCAUAAUAGGACUUGGGGACGCGUUGAGAAGAAAUCGGCUUAG